AUGAAGGAGUUCGCCUUGUGCGGCGUGUGCCGGCUGUCGCACGAUCAGGGCCGACCGCACAUCUACACCAAGCGACACACGACGGCGCUUGCGACGCUUCUCGAUAAGGAGCUUCGUCGCAUGACCGCCCUUGCGACGUGGCUCGAGUCGCACAGUCGGUCGCUGGCGUCUACGCAAGAGCAAAGCGCGCCGAUAGCGGCGGGGAUAGCCGCGCAGGGCGGCGCGGACGAGAGGCGGAAUGGUGCCUGCAGCCGCGAGGAGCGCCGCGAUUGGCGGCCCGCCGGAUCUCUGUCAGGAACGCGCGGCGACGAGGGAACCGAUAGAGCGAGUAUUAAUGGCGGCAGUGAUGGCGGCGCGGGUGUCGCGUGCGAGGAGAGCCGGAAACGGAGCCGAUGGUGCCGGUUUUGCGACGCUGAGGUGGCAGAGGAUAGCGUGAUCGGCGGAUGCGACGGGUCGACUGUGCCUGCAGGGGGUGCUGCAGGGGAUGCUGCAGCAGGUGGUGCUGCAAGGGAUGUUACAGGGGACGCUGGCACCAAGCGACGAGCCAAGAAGCAAAGAGGGAGCAACCAAGGAGGUUUAGAGAUUAAAGAGACCAAAGAGACCUGGCGGGCAUUCGUGCUGCCCCCUGCCGUCGCCACUGCCACCGCCGCCACUGCUGCUGCUGCUGCUGCUGCUGCUCUGUCGUCUCCUUCUUCCCUUCCUGCUCCCCUGCUCUCCUCAAUAACCCCAUCGAAUCAACCCCCCUGCCCGCCCCUCACUACCCUCCCACACACAAGCACCCCCUACCCUCCCACCCCCACCACUACCACCGCCAAACCCAUCACCACACCACCGAACCCAUCUGCACCACUGCUAAACCCUUUGACACCCCCCGAGGGCCUCUCCCUGGUCCCAGACUCCUUCUGCCCCAUCCUCUGCCCGCCAAUCACCAACGCCAAAAUCUGGAAGUUUCGGGCGCAGCGCGUUGGGGCAGCCUGGGCAGAGCAGCGCCGGGCAGAAAUAAAAGCGGCGGAAGCGGCUCGGAGUGUGGCCGCUGCCACUGCUGCUGCGCUGCGGUUUGCCCCUGCUGGCCCUCCGACCACGGGCAGGGGCCCUGAGGUCAUAACAUCAUCUUCAACAGGUUCAGCUGAAGCUUCUGCUGCUGCUCCCACUGCUGCUGGUGCUGCUGCUGCUUCUGCUAGUGUGGUUGGUGAGCGCAGUGAGAUCGACCAAUCGAGCGUGUCCAUGUGGCUUCCGAGCUUUGGGCGGGUGUGGCAGAGUGGCCCUAGGCAGGCCAGCAGGAGGGAGUUUGAGGCAGAGAGACGAGCGCAGAAGGGCAAACGCGCGCAGGAAAGGGCUUUAGAUGCGCCUUUAAAGUCACAGAGCGGCCCUCGGCAGGCCAGCAGGAGGGAGUUUGACGCAGAGAGGCGAGCUCAGAGGGGCAGAGGCGGGCAGGAGAGGCAGCACAGGGGAGGGGAAGAAAAGUGGCACAAACAACGUGAAGAGCAGCAGCACGAGGGAGCGAGGGGAGGAGGGGAGGAGGGUGAAAAAAAGGAGGGUAACCACUGGGCUGAGCGGUCUGUAGGGACUGGAGGAGCAGUGGUCCAACUGAUGAUGCCGCAUGCUGAUCACCCCUUGCCGCCACAGCCCUCUCAGAGGCAUGGUUUACCUUCAGGGCCUGUUGCUUCACCAAGGGGGGUGGUGGCUCUAGCGGGCUUUAAUGAUGCAGCUUCUGCCUUGCAAGCUUCUGCCUUGCAAGCGUCUGACUUGCGAGCUUCUGACUUGCGAGCUUCUGACUUGCGAGCUUCUGACUUGCGAGCUUCUGACUUGCGAGCUUCUGACUUGCGAGCUUCUGACUUGCAAGCUUCUGACUUGCAAGCUUCUGACUUGCAAGCUUCUGACUUGCAAGGUUCUGACUUGCACGCUUCUGACUUGCAAGCUUCUGACUUGCAAGCUUCUGACUUGCAAGGUUCUGACUUGCACGCUUCUGACUUGCAAGCUUCUGACUUGCAAGCUUCUGACUUGCAAGCUUCUGCCUUGCAAGCUUCUGCCUUGCGCGCUUCUGAGCUGAGGCCAUACGUUCCAAAGCGCCUCAGGCGAUGA